AUGGGUAGCGACAACAAUAACAAGAUUCCCCUUCUAAAGGGUCGAAGCAAUUACAAGGCAUGGGCUGCACUUGUGAAGAAGUCAGCUAUCGGCGAAGACUGGUGGAAGUAUAUCGAUCCAAACGAUGCCUACUCAAAACGACCUUCUUCCGACGAUCCGACAUGGAUUCAGAAGCAAAUUUUAAAGAAGGACUACGGCUCUGAAGGAGUAGGACAUCGAAUGGAGGUUUUUGAACGAUGGGACAGUCUUACGCUCGGCACCGACGUCGAGGAGUUCUGUCGCCAAUAUCGUGAGGUGCUCGGAGAGCUGAAGAUGCUGGAUAUGAAGGUAGACAAUGAGGUGUUGAUCUAUUCCUUUAUCGCACGAGUUUCCCAACAGUACAGCACCUGGGCAAAGAUCCAACGAAACGAUCUUGCUAAACGGACUACAGAGUCCCUGCCGGCCAUUGACGACAUCAUCCAUUCCUUACUGGAAGACGACAAGGCCGAGGACGCUGCAAAGGUAGCGCAUACGGUCCGCCGAGGUGGCGUUGACCAUUCUAACCGCCGAAGAGGCGAUGCCCGUGGUCGAGGUGGCUACGGAGGGGCCGGCCGUGGAGGCCGUGCUAGGUCACACUAA